AUGGCGGAAUCGGUCGACUCGAUCGUCAAGGGCGCGCCGGCCCCUCAUAUGCAGAGUAUACUAGACGACAAAGCUCCCGCGCUUGCACCUAGCCCUGUGAUUGGGGCAGGCAAGCCCGGCGAUCCCUUGAACCACACACCGAGCUCGCCGUCUAUGAUCUACCUCAACAUGCUGAUCCUCGAGGCCUCCUUGCGUGCCCAGUUCUUGUCACUGCGUACGCGGAGGCGUAAGCAUACCUUCUUCUUGUCCUUGCUCACUGUCUGGACCUCGGGCUUCGGCUACGCCCUGUUCUUUGCGCCGCGCGAGGACGGUGUUGGCCACGGCGGGUCCGUCUACUGGGUCGUCGACAUGGCGGAAAAGAUCUGCUUCGGCGCCGGUGUCGUGACGGCGUUGCUGAUAUGGGGAACGGGCAUCUGGGAGCGUGGCAUUCGCUGGCCGAGAAGAUGGUUCGGCAUAUCAAACCGUGGUCUCCGGGGCUUCAACUGCAAGCUCGUUAUCAUCAAGAGGAGCUGGUGGGUCGAAACUGUUUCAACCAUUGGCUUCUUCUUCACGUACGGCGCCUUCAGCAGCACGUCGGGCCAAUAUCGAUUCGUGGAACCGAGCAUUCUGAGAGAAGUGGACAAGGAACUGAAUCUCAAUCACCAGGAUCACCCACAACUACCAUUUGUGACUACCGACGAGGAGAAAGGCGGACACGAGGAGGAUCUUGCACCGGGAGGAGAUUAUGUGAAGCUGCUAUUGUUACCGAAACCCUUUUCACCCAAUUUCCGGGAGAACUGGGAGCUCUAUAGAAACGAGUACUGGGACAGAGAGAACGAGCGAAGAGCAUUACUACGCAAGAAGCUGAAGCAACGAGACAGACAAGUCGCCAAACAGCAGGGCGCAUGGUUCUGGUGGCUCCCAGGACAGCAAAAGGUCGAGGAAAAGCUACACCACGCACCCCACGUGGCGGAAAAGCCUCUCCACCACCGAAGCUCUUCCAUCCUCAAGGAACACAAGCGCGUUCGAAGCGGAAGCACUGUUCGCAGAAGUAGUAUAUCUGCUGGCUCUUCGCGCAGUCCGACGCCACCGAUGGAGACGGAGGAGUCCACGACUGCCUCUAGGAGAGGCAGCAAUGCGUCGACCUCGUCGGCCAAAAGAGGGAAGAAGCACUUGUCUUCGGGCUCCAAGUCCAAGAGACCAAGAGGUGACUCGAGAUCCGUCACUCCGGACUUCUCGUCGCCCCUUGCACAAGAAAGCACAGUUACUUCGGACGCGGCCAGCGAAAGUAGUGGGCGGACGCUCAGGAGGAAUGCUUCGAGGUCGAGUACGGCACGAGCGAGUGUUUCGCAGUCAUAG